AUGCCGAGAAGAAGCAAAGGUUGUCCGUUCAAACCCCCUACUCCACAACGUUAUCCUUGGUUGAUGAUUUCUCAUGGAAAAUCAUCAGGGGUCACCUCUUUCUAUAGUACGUUAGAAAAACGCCAUUACAUGACAAAAAUCCCUCAUGUUUCCGACCGAGCUGUUUGCGCCAGUUACCAAGGAUGGUUGGUGGUGGUUGAUCCCGAUACACGUGAAUGUAUGCUGUUGAAUCUGGCUUCAAUGGAGCAAAUCAACUUGCCACGGAUUAUUGGUUCUGAUUUCAGUAAUCUCAACAUUGCUCCCACAGAAGAGACCGCCAAAGUGAUAGAUGAUUAUAUGCAUGGGAAUUGUGUUAUAACUGCACCACCUACUAGUGCUAAUUGUGUGGUUGGAUUUUUUGUGGAUUAUAGACCAAGUGCCGCAAUAUGGCGUCCUGGUCAAGAAAAAUGGACAACACAUGAUUUCGGAGAUGAACUUGGAGCCCUAGCAGUCUGCAACAACAUGAUUUAUGGUUUUACUGAAUCAGAUAAAUUUUUCGCUGUGUGCGAGUUUGUGGAUGAAAAACUCGUAACUAAAAGAAUAGGGCCAAUGCCUGAUCCGGUAAACGAUGAAGCAGUAAUGCAUGCGCGUGCCUUUUUUGUUGGAUCUUGUGGUGAUAUUUAUUGUGUGGUAAUGUCACCGUUAGGGGAAACAACCGAGAGAUUGAGAUAUUUGCACGUCUGCAAGUUUGAUCCGACAAAUUCAACAUGGACUCGAAUGGAAAAUAUUGAUAAUCAGGUAUUCUUCAUCAAUGACGACUCUUCAAUUUUGUGCCCUGCAUCAAGUGUAGGUCUAAAAGGAAACUGCACCUAUUAUGUUUCGAGUCGGCGAGAUUGUAACUUAUACACAUAUGACAUGGAAGAUAAUUGGUUGCACUCAUUCCAAGCUUGUCCAAAUGCGAUCAACAACAAGGUUUCUGGAACCAUCUUCAUAAUGGCCAGGGUUGAAGAAGACGAGUCCAGUAAAGGAUCUUCGGGUAGGCGGCGCAAUCCAGCCGAUAACACUACCCUGGCGGAGUUCCAAAAAAGACAAGAGAGGAAGAAGGUGGGAAAAAGCCAUGAAAAAGGGCCCGAGAUGGAACCAGAGAAGGAACGUUUGGUUCUUGGCUCUUCCCAGCCCAAUCCGAAGAAACUAGACAAUACUAAUCUCAUGACGGAAAAGGAAGAUCUUCGUCCACCUAGAAACACCGCAGCAUCCAAGAAGUGCUUGGAGGAUCAAAAGUUGGCCAAGAUCGAGGCCGGACUCAAGAAACUACGUGAUGACAGUGAUCAAAAUCAAAGGAUGAAAAGGUAUGUCCUAGAAGAGACAAAGCAUCACUGUCUUCUUGGACAACCAGAUCCAACUGACCAAGAGCUGGCUAACUUAAUCGACGAGAAGAAAGCAUGCCGUACCUUAGCCCUUCUCAAGGCACGACAAGACGCAAGGGUCCUCGGGACCACUACCAAUGAGGAUCCCCAAGCGUCGAAGUCGUGGGAGAGGGAGAAUGGAAUCCUCCGAGAAAGACUAAUGUCUACGACCGAUUGGGACUCAACUAGCAUCGAAAAAGUCCUCGAAGGGAGGAAUACAGACCUUUUCACAGACAAUAUUGGGACAAUGAUGAUACCGAAGAAGAAUAUGGAUGGGGGAAUAACCGUCAUCUUCAGUAUUCACCUCCCUGGCGGCAACAGUACAACAAUCACGAGGAAUUUCCACCUUACCCUCUUCGAGACAUCCGAGACAGGCCAAAACCACAGGAUUUUGACUUUCCCAAGGAUUUCACCAAAUACUCAGGAUAUACUGAUGUCUCCUAGUGGUUACAUGGAUACGUCUACAUCAUGA